AUGCUGUCCUUGAGAAGAGCUUUUCGAGAAAGUACACUCAGCAAUGGCAGGCUCAACCUACUAUCUCGGAACGCACACAAAGCACUAUCCACUGCUGCUUCCUCAAUUCAAGAGCUCCCCCAGCACGAUUUACAUUUGCGCGAAGACACCGAACCAUCAUUAAGCAAGACUUCAAAGAGAAGAGACGAACUCAAAAAUGCCAAACCCUUUUCGUCCUUUCUUACCGAUAAUUUCCAAAGACAGCACGAUUAUCUUCGAAUUUCAAUCACAGAAAAAUGCAAUCUGCGAUGCUUGUACUGUAUGCCAGAAGAGGGUGUUCCGCAAUCGCCACAGCCAGAUCUUCUUACAACCCCAGAAAUUGUACUUCUAUCUUCUAUAUUUGUUUCCCAAGGGGUUUCGAAGAUUCGUCUUACUGGUGGUGAGCCGACCGUUCGUCGCGAUAUCUUGCCUCUCAUGCAACAGAUUGGAGCUUUGCGAUCUCAUGGUCUGCGGGAGCUCUGCCUUACCACGAAUGGAUUAAACCUUGCAAGAAAGCUGGAUAGCAUGGUGGAAGCCGGUUUAACUGGAGUUAACUUAAGUCUGGAUACUUUAGAUCCAUGGCAGUUUCAGAUUAUGACUCGAAGGAAAGGUUUUGAAGCUGUGAUAAAAAGUAUAGAUAAGAUACUACAUAUGAACAAAUUAGGUGCUGGCAUAAAGCUCAAGAUCAAUUGCGUUGUAAUGCGUGGGGUUAAUGAAAGAGAAAUUAUACCAUUUGUCGAAAUGGGCCGAGAUAAAGACGUUGAAGUUAGGUUCAUCGAGUAUAUGCCAUUUGACGGCAACAAGUGGAGCCAAGGCAAAAUGCUAAGCUACAAAGAAAUGCUUGAUAUCAUACGGCAGAAGUAUCCGACACUUCGAAAAGUGGCAGAUCACAAAAAUGACACGAGUAAGACUUACGAGAUUCCUGGGUUUGCGGGAAAGAUGGGGUUUAUCACAAGUAUGACACACAAUUUCUGUGGUACUUGCAACAGAUUGAGAAUCACGAGUGAUGGCAACUUGAAGGUAUGCUUAUUUGGCAAUGCUGAAGUGUCCUUGAGGGAUAUCUUGAGAAAAUCAAAUGGCAGCCAGCCAAUUGACGAGCAAGCUUUUGAGGCAAUGAAGCAAAUAGAAAUGGGUAGGAAACAGGGUCUUGGAGAUGCUCAUAACCCUCUUGGAAGCUCCUCUAAUGAGAGAGAGUUGCUAGAAGUUAUUGGCAUGGCCGUGAGUCGAAAAAAGGAAAAACACGCCGGCAUGGGCGAAUUGGAAAACAUGAAAAACAGACCCAUGAUCUUAAUAGGUGACAAAUACUAUUGUGGCCCAGAGGCACUCUUUCGAAACACGGGAGACCGGCCGGCAGGUCGAUCCCAAAAGAUUCCUCUAAACCUCCUGCCAUUUAAACCUCCUUCUAGUUAUGCACGUCUAUACUCCAGCAAAGCUACCCCGGCUCAAAUGAAUAAUAUUGAUAGGGAAAUGGGGAAGUCUUUAACGAACAAUGCAUCAGAUUCAACUCCCUCACAAGCACACAAACUUACUCACCUUACACAAUCCGGCGAUGCUCACAUGGUUUCCAUUUCCUCCAAACAACCAACGAAAAGAACUGCUGUUGCAGUCUGCAGUGUUCACUUCUCCAACAAAAUAGCCAUUCCACUCAUCCGUGACAACCGAGCCAAGAAGGGCGAUGUGCUGGGAGUUGCCCGUAUCGCAGGAAUUAUGGCUGCCAAGAGAACUUCCGAUUUGAUACCUCUCUGUCACCCAAUUGCUAUUACACAUGUCAACAUUGACCUACAGAUCUCACACGAGGAUGGACGGGGCACAGAACCUUCAUCUCCCGUUCCAAGUACGUCAAUUCCAUGGUCUGGCACAGGACAAGGCGAUGGAUAUAAAUGGCCGUCACCUAUUCCAGAAUCAGUUCCUUAUAAUGGGUUUGGAAGCGUGGAGGUCACGGCCACUGUGUCAUGCGAUGGAAAAACUGGCGUGGAAAUGGAGGCACUUACAGCCGCUUCGACCGCGGCAUUGACCAUUUACGAUAUGUGCAAGGCUGUGGAUAAGGGGAUGCGAGUUGAGGGGUUGAGAGUAGUGAGGAAAGAGGGGGGGAAGAGCGGCACCUGGAUAGAGGGCCAUCAUAAUAGUGAGAAGUAG